UUGCCUUCGCUCCAAUUCCCCCAGGACUUCUGGUCCGUCGAUAGAUUGCAACAACAAUUCGGCGCCGGCAGUGAGGACCAGCAGAGGGUGAGGGCCGCCGCUGCCGCUACCGCUACUGCAAGAGCCGGCCGUAGACAUAGCGACCAAGAUAUCAUAACACGAUCCGUUCGCGCUGGUCUGCCAACCACUCAAUUUAUACCCAAACACAAGUCUGCUUCCUCUUAUCCUAUAUAUUCGUCCACUCCUCGAAACGCCCAGUCGGGGUUUUCUUCCACGCCUCCCUUCCUACCCUGGGGGCUUUCGCCAAGUAUGGAUCCUUUGGUGCAACCCCGGCCUGCAUCCUCCUCCAGUAUUAGUACGAGUACCCGCUCAAGUUUCGAGUCCAGGCAGAAGAGUCCCUUGAGUACCACCUCCUCUGUCGACCGCGAGCUAGAUUCCAUCAGUCCAGCGUCGUCCAUUUCGAACUCGACCGAUGACUUACACCGUUCGAUGGCCCAGAACGGUCAGUUUCGAGGUUAUUUCAAUGACCCAUUCCCAAAAUAUGGCGAGGGGAAACGACAACUGAUGACCCCGCCGAAACUAAGUUCGGGUUCGGCGCCUUCCAGUCCAACAACAAUCACAUUUGGAAAGUCAUACCAACCACGAAUUGCCGGAGAGGGAUUCAGAAAGUUGCCAGAGGAAAUACUGUUCCAUAUCUUAAAGGAAUUGAAAGCUUCACAUUUGGGUCCAGCAAAUCUCAGUUGCUCAACAUGUUACAUGCGAGAUCUCGUUGCGGUUGGAGCAAGCUGCAGAAAAUGGUGGAAUGUUGCGAGGAUCCUUUUGUACGAGGACAUACAACUGCUUGGCAGCGAUUCCACCUUUCACAUCAAGAAGAAAUUCAAGGUUAAAUAUGGCACACGGCUUAGGUUACUCUCGAGGACCUUACACGCUCGACCCGACCUUGCCGAAUAUGUCAAGUCUCUCAAGGUUCCAGCCAUACCUGAAGCAGCCAAAGGUGGAAAGGAGGAGGAAUAUAGGGAUCUUGUUGCUUCGGUAAUAAUGGCAUGCCCCAACCUGGAGCGACUACCAGGCUUUCACACCGCUUAUGAGCACGAGUUCUCUAGGUUGGUCCACGCUUUGUCGACGAGGCGGAAGUUGCUAGAACGUGUGUGGAUUAUAUCAGGCAACUCCUCACAUUCUCAGCCUCAUCGACGAUCAAAGAUAUCAGAGACGGAUUUUAAUAGUCCGGAAUCUGUACCGAACCCUCUAUCGAGAGACCAGUGCAUCGAGUUUCUCAAUUUUCACAGCAAUUGGUCGAACCUUCAAACAUUGGUUAUGCAUUGCAACCCAGAUGGCAGGCUAAGCUCACCGUUAUUCACGGAUGUUUUCAAUUCUCUACCCUCGCUAGAGAACCUACAUAUCUCGUCAUUUCCAGCAUCGGAUUUUAACGAUGAGACCUUACAAAUACUGCCCGCUCUAAAAUCUUUGCGCCUGGAGAAUCUCCCUGGAGUCACCGACGAAGGAAUAUCAAAUUUCUCGUCACAUGCAAGGAAAGAAAAAUUGAGAUCGUUAUCCCUAAUUUCACUGUCAAUAGACUCUCUUCCUGUCUUGGCUCGAAUAUUCUCACAUAUCCAAAAUCUCACACAUUUCACAAUCUCUCAAGUAACUUGCCCAUCACCCGUCGACAUAUUUCUGUACCCAUAUCUAGCAUCACCCACAGUUGAAUACAUGCACUGGGAAUUUACCUCUCCACUCGAGGAUAGGGUCACCGAAAUCCUCUCGAAAUCGAUAUCCCACUGCGGCUUUCCCUCUUUAAGAACCAUUCGAGCACCAACCGACUUUGAAGGCCAUCUCCAAAAACUCUGCAGACCAAUCGACAAAAUUGAACUACCAGGCGAUAAAUACCGCAACCUAGGAGGAGGACAAGGUGGUCUGCCAAUCUCUCAAAGCAUGCCGGUACUAUCCUCCCCAACACGAUCUCACUUCGGUUCAAGUCACAGUUACUCGGGAAGUACAAGUUCCAAGGAUCUUAAAUCGCCCAAUCGCUCUGCUUUCCCAAGCAUCGACUCCUGCUCCUCGUCCUCCUCUGAUAGCUCCAGUGAUAAAGGUGUCAGUCUCGCUCUUUCCCGGAGAAUGGCACAACUACGCAUCGAAGCUGCAAAAUUGAAGCCCCAGUUCCACGUCAUUACCUGGGACGAGAACGGGACCUUUGUCGAACGUCAUGCGCUGGGUGGCUUCUUGGGACAAACUCAAAGCAAGAUCUCUUUUACACUGAGGCCGGAUCUUGAGGGCAGUGAUGAUUCACUUAUGGGAAUAGAAGCAUUGCUGGAUGGGAGUGAGGAGGGGAAUGUGAGGGAUGGGUGUACGGGAAGUUGGAAUUUGGAUCUGGGUGGGAGGGUGAGUUUGGCUGGCAAGAAGGAGAAGGAUCGAUGGAGACAUACUGAGAGGGGAAGGUGGAGAGAUGUGGAUAUUGGGUUGUUGUUUUGA